AUGAGGUUACUAUCUGUUGUCUUCCUUCUCACCACGAUAUGUUCAGUCAAUUCUUACAAAAUUCUAUUCUACACGAAUCUAUUCGGACACAGUCAUGUGAAAUUUUUGGCGGCAGCUGCGGAUACUCUGACUGAUGCAGGACAUAAUGUGACCGUCCUGGUUUCAGUCUUCGAAGCCAGUCUCUCCACUUCUUUGAAAUCAACAAAAAAUGUGAUAACAGUAAAUGCACACGGUAAAGUGGAAGAUUUCAUCAAGGCAAGAUCCAAAAUGCUUGCUAACAUGUGGUUGGAAAACAUGAGUCCGGUGAACAUGAUCAAAAAAAUUGGAACCAUGGCCACUAUCUUCAGCUCUCAAUGCAGAGAAGUGUUGAGUAACACCGCGUUAAUCGAGAAACUCAAAGCUGAAAAUUACGAUUUGGCAAUCACAGAACCUUUUGAUACUUGUGCUUAUCCAUUCUUCGAAGCGAUCAACAUCCGAGCCCACGUGGCAGUUCUCUCUUCCAGUCGCCUUGAUCAUGUCAGUGACGUCAUCGGACAACCAGCUGCACCAAGUUACAAUCCGGGACUUUUAUCUGCAAACGGAGAUAAAAUGACGAUUGGACAAAGAUUCGUGAAUAUGAUUCAAUACAUGUGUGGAUCCUACUUCUUCAGUUAUGUUGGAGAUGCUGAUGCUGCAGUUGCGAAGGAGAUCAAUGCCACGUGGAGAACAUGGAGAGAAACUGUUCCAGAAGCCUCGUUUGUACUGACUAAUCAGAUUCCACUGCUGGAUUUCCCAGCACCAACUUUCGAUAAGAUUGUUCCAGUUGGAGGAUUAUCGGUCAAAACUGACAAGAAAGCAAUGAAACUUGAUGAGAAAUGGAGCAAGAUUUUGGAUAAAAGGAAGAAAAAUGUGUUCAUUUCAUUCGGAUCAAAUGCUAGAUCGAUGGAUAUGCCAGCAGAAUACAAGAAUUCUCUCGUCCAAGUCAUUAAGAAUAUGCCUGAUACUACUUUCAUCUGGAAAUAUGAAGAUCUCACUGACAAGUUCACCGAAGGGAUUCCAAAUGUGUACCUAGGAGACUGGCUUCCACAGAACGAACUUCUUGCUGAUCCGAGAUUGAAUGUUUUCUUGACUCACGGAGGAUUGGGAUCAGUUACAGAACUGUCUAUGAUGGGAACUCCAGCAGUUAUGGUCCCCCUCUUCGCUGAUCAAUCUCGAAACGCUCAAAUGCUGAAAAGACACGGAGGAGCUGCAGUCCUCACCAAGACAGAUCUCUCCAAUACAAAACUUGUUCAAGAAACGAUUGAAGACGUUCUGAACAAUCCAAAAUACCGUGAGAAUGCGGAAAGACUCGCUGAGAUGCUCAAUAAUCAACCAACAAAUCCAAAAGAGACACUUGUGAAAUACGUUGAGUUCGCUGCAAGAUUCGGAAAACUGCCAUCUUUGGACAAUUACGGAAGACAUCAGACAUUCGCACAGUACUUUUUCUUGGAUAUAAUUGCAAUCAUCUCUCUGAUCACUCUUGUCGCUUCGUAUAUUUCUUAUAGGGUACUGAGGUGUGUAGUCAGAAGAUUUUUAGGAUCGGCAACUAAGAGCAAGAAAGAAUAA